ACACCCCCACCCCGACACCUGAGCCCCACUGCCUGCACCCUGAGGAAGCACAAGACGAAUAGGAAGCCCCGAACCCCAUUCACUACUUCGCAGCUGCUGGCUCUGGAGCGCAAGUUCCGCCAGAAGCAGUAUCUGUCCAUCGCCGAGAGAGCAGAGUUCUCCAGCUCCCUCAACCUCACAGAGACCCAGGUCAAAAUCUGGUUCCAGAAUCGGAGAGCCAAGGCCAAGAGACUGCAGGAAGCUGAGCUAGAGAAGCUCAAAAUGGCAGCAAAGCCUAUGUUGCCAUCAGGGUUCAGCCUCCCUUUCCCCAUCAACUCUCCCAUCCAGGCUGCCUCACUGUAUGGAACUUCCUACCCUUUUCACAGACCUGUGCUUCCUAUCCCGCCUGUUGGACUCUAUGCUACUCCCGUUGGAUAUAGCAUGUACCACUUAUCCUAAGAAGAUCAGAAGCGACAGUGAGACAGACUUUCUGGUGGAUCAUGUCCAACCCUGAGAAGGCAGUACCCCAACCAGUACUGGCCAUUCUUUCUGCACACUUCUAUCUGCCAUCCUGAGUGUACGGGAGUUUGUGUUAGCAAAGCAAGACAUCCUGUAUGCUGUGGGUUGGGUGUCUUCUGAGAGUGCUCUGAGCACUCAGAGUCUGAUCCUCAAAGAAAAAAAAAAAAAGUAAAAAC